GGCCUUUCGGCCGUCGCUGGCCACGAUCACGUCUCUGAGCAACGGGCGAGGGCCCAGCAAGGGCAGGCGAGGUCAAGGGCGAGGCCAUCAUGAGUAUAUAAGGUUGCCAUGUCUCGCUCCCUUGAGACAGAAACUCUUCAUCAGCACCAAGCACCUUCACACCAGUCCCACAAACCACCAACAAACCGCCAUCAUGAAGUUCUCCGUCGUCACCGCCCUCACCACCCUCCUGGCCUCCGGCGCCAUGGCUGCUCCCGCCGACGUGGACGCCCGCGGUGUGGCCACCGUCUCCAUGGCCGCCGCCUCCACCUGGACCAUUGAGAGCAUGAAGCGCAGCUGCGACAAGCCCGACAACAACUGCGCCUGGUCCUUCACCAUCAACAACAACGCCGGCUCCAAGCAGGGCUGCAGCUACACCGUCAAGCGCCAGAACAGCGCCACGCCCGCCUCCCACAGCCCCGAGACCGGCGUCAACUGCGGUGCCUACACCGUCACCAGCGGCUGGUCCGGCCAAUUUGGCGCGGGCAACGGCUUCACCACCCUCAGCGUCGUCAACAACAAGGACCGCACCAUUGCCUGGCCCGCCUACACCGACAAGCAGCUCCAGGGCGGAAAGGUUGUCACCCCCAACCAGUCCUACCCCGUCCAGAAGCUUCCUUAGGCGGUUGAUCUCGGUACAAACCCGGUUGUCCAAGGGGGGACGCUUGUUGAUGGGUGAUAUAUGAGAGUUUUGAGCGAUACACACGGUCCUUCUUACAGAAACUUAAUGUUUACAUUCUGAUUUGCGAAAAUGUCCCAUGUCUUGUGCCAUGUGAAGCUUUCUGCAUCUCGUUAAUCAUAAGGUGAUAUAUGCCUCGACGUGCAUUACCACCUCAAACCUUCACAGACAACCUCUUUCUCGCAAGAGCGCUCUCCCUCCAGCUCCAGAAUCCGACAUAGGACGCAGCAGGUCCCACGAGCACUUGCCCCACGGCGGUGUAGGCAACAGCCUUGACGGCUUCACUAGACCCCACGCAGCCGAGAUUGACGAGAUCGUAGGCAUUGUAGGCCAGGAACACCAAGAUGGACGCUGUGAGCAGCAGCAGGUCAUAUCUCAUAAAGAUUCCCAUGGUUUUCACAGGGUU